CGUCCCAAGAGCUGUUCACGACAGCUCCAAGCUCACAUCUACAUCACAUACUAAGCCUUUAAGGUUUCGUAUCUUACAUAUACCCAAAUUUCCUCGAUCUAAGGCACCCGAAACAUCGAUAUACGGAAAUCAUGGCCGACGACGAACCCCAGAACGCCGCGCCGUGGCCGGCACCACCGCCCUUCUAUAAGUUUUUCACGACCGAGAAUGUGGAGAAUCUGAAGAAGCUUAAGAAUGAGGCUGUAGAGAAUGGCCAUGAAGCGUCAGCCUCUUCACCGCUCCCACCAUCCCGGUUAUCGAACUUGCCGAUCGAACAACGCUACCUCGUUCCCCCAGAGCCGCCAGCAGAUGAUGAAGACAUACGGGUACUCGGCCAAUUGACAAAAGGCGGUAGCAUGAAUGGGUUCAUGAAUGAUAUGGCCUUCAUUGCGCAAGAUCUAGACCACAGAGGGUGGUUGCCAGGCUGGCAGUACGAGCAACUGUAUCCACUGCCCCCAGAGACUGGAGAAGGCGAAGACCCAAGCACCACGCCUGAAUGGACACAAGAGCGCAAACAAUACUUGUUCCGAUUGUUACGUUCUGCGCUACUCAGCUACCUCGAACUGCUUGGUGUGAUGGCGCAAGAUCCAGCCUCAGAACGAAAGAACGAAAAGAUCAAAGACUUGCUCACACUCUUUGCAAAUAUGCAUAGAUUGGUCAACGAAUACCGCCCACAUCAAGCUCGCGAGACUCUUAUACACCUAAUGGAAGAACAGUUGCGGAAGAAAAAGGCCGAGAUCCAAGGUGUGGCCGACAUGAAGCAAAAGGUGGAUGAUGCACUGGCAGAGUUAGCAAAGAAUGCUCCUGGUCCAGCCACGAAGAGCGCUGCCGACGAAACCUCGAAGGCUUCCCAAGAAGAGCGCAGAAAGGACAAUCAGAGGCAGAUGUGGCAAGCGAUGGACGAGAUCCUAGGUCAUUAAGUUUGAGUGGUAGGCGGGCGCUGUUCUGUACGCAUCCGCGAGAGGUUAGAUGAUGCACGAGCAGUUGGUCCAUCGAACAGGUGGUAAAUAUCUUGGCUGAGGCACAUGAUGCCCUCAGCUCCAUGUUUUGCGUCGAGCUGUGCAUGUGGCGCAUCGGAACAUUCCGAUGCGUUUUGUUACAUUCUG